GGUUCACUGUUAGCGUAGAGGUAGCAGUGGCCGCAUCGGCGCACGGGUGAAAUAUUGACAUGUUUUCCGUACCGUGUACGCGCUGCAGCCUACAGUCAGUGCUCAGUCCUCAGUGGCGUGGCGCCUGUCCGCGGAGUAACGCCUUUUUUCUGUUCGUCCUUUACAUAGUUUUAGUUUUCGUAAUUUAUAUCGAUCGUUGUUGUGGUGUUUUUUCCCCUAUCGUCAUCACCCGCAGUUUUAAUAAUUGCGAUAAUUGUGUUAAUUAAUCGUUCUUGUUUAUUCUUCCAACCGAAACUAAUUGUUUAAGUACACACGUCAAAAUGUCGAAAAACGUAUACCUCCCGUAUAGCGCGACAUCCGAGAAGGCUCACGUCAAGUCUAUGGAACAUUACCGGGAAAUGCACAAUAAAUCAUUGGAGUCGACCGCGCAAUUUUGGUCCGAAAUCGCGUCACAAUUUCACUGGGAAACGCCGUACGACAUCAACAACUUUUACUCAUACAACUUCGACGUGACCAAAGGGCCCGUUCAAGUCAAAUGGAUGGAAGGUGCCACUACAAACGUGUGCUACAACCUACUGGACAAGAACGUGCGCAAUGGGAUGGGUGACAAAGUAGCUUUUUACUGGUAAGUAUAAGGCACCUGCCAAUAAAUAUAUUUUUCU